AUCAGUAGGACGUGAGAAGAUACCCAACCGUUGGACAGGAAAUAAGGUCGAGGUAACUGUCCGCUCAUCGCGGUGGGAACAAUACCGUCACGGCUGAAAGAGGUCGUAACGUGAGGCCAGCCGAGUUCAAACAGUCGUGAGUUAGUCUAAAUUUUAAAAGCCAGCUCGGUUGCAAAACAGGAAUUAAAAGUGACAACCAUAGCUGGCGUCGUCCACUUUUUGGUGACAUUUUCACUCCGCCGGUGAGAAGCUGUCAGCUGCCAGGGCUUUCCUCCUUUCCCCCCCAGGAGCACAUUUUGUAUUGUUUUGUUUGUUUACUUAUUUAUUUAUUUAUUUAUUUUAAAAACACAACACGUAAACAGUCGAGCCAGUUGUAGUAGUAUCUGUAUAAGCCGAGGAGAAGGAGGAGGAGGUUAGAUCGCGGCUGGGUACAAAGAGCGGCGAGCACCCAGAGAGGAGGCUGGCGGACGGGACGGAGCGGAGCGGAGCGGCGAGGACAACAGCGGGGACCCGACCGAGAGCAUCUCUGAGUAAUUUCUGAUCUACGCGAGCUCCACGAGUGAUUUUAAUUAGCGGAAUCCCCAACACCGUUUAUCGACCAAAAAGGACUUGUCCAGCAACAGCUGGUCCUCUCCAGAAAUACCUGCUCCUGAUCUGUUCACACCCCCCCACCACCACCCUCAGGUCCUGCAGCCAUCACCUCCACUUUGUACCGAUGAAGGAGGCCGACGCCAUCAAGUUGUUUGUGGGGCAGAUUCCUCGGAAUCUGGAGGAGAAGGACCUUAAGCCCAUUUUUGAGCAAUUUGGCAAGAUCUACGAACUGACUGUGAUUAAGGAUAAAUACACCGGGAUGCACAAAGGAUGCGCGUUUCUGACGUAUUGCGCACGAGAGUCGGCCCUGAAAGCCCAGAGCGCUCUCCAUGAGCAGAAAACACUACCAGGGAUGAAUCGGCCGAUCCAAGUUAAACCAGCUGACAGUGAAGGCCGAGGAGAGGACAGGAAGUUGUUUGUGGGCAUGCUGGGAAAGCAGCAGAGUGAUGAGGAUGUCAGAAGGCUGUUUGAGCCCUUUGGCAGCAUAGAGGAGUGCACUGUUUUGAGAGGACCAGAUGGCACAAGCAAAGGGUGCGCCUUUGUGAAAUUCCAGGGUCAUGCCGAAGCCCAAGCUGCAAUCAGCAGCCUGCAUGGGAGCCGCACAAUGCCUGGAGCGUCGUCCAGUCUGGUGGUAAAGUUUGCUGACACGGAGAAGGAGCGGGGGCUGAGGAGGAUGCAGCAGGUGGCCUCCCAACUCGGCAUCUUCAGCCCCAUGACCCUCAACUUUCCUGCCUACAAUGCCUACACGCAGGCGGUCAACGCACAGCUUGUCCAACAGCAGGCCCUGGUUGCCCAGUCAGCGUACUUGUCUCCUGUCGCAACAGUUGCUGCUGUACAGAUGCAGCAGAUGGCGGCACUCAAUGCCAAUGGAAUCAUCGCAACACCCAUUACACCUAUCACACCGUCCUCGGGUACAAACACUCCACCAACUAUCGCAGCAACACCUGUGUCAGCUAUCCCGCCAGCAUUAGGAGUGAAUGGUUACAGCACCGUGCCAGCUCCCACCAAUGGACAGCAAACAGAAACACUGUACACUAAUGGAGUUCACCCAUACCAAGCCCAGAGUCCAGCUGCAGCUUUGGACCCUCUUCAGCAAGCCUACGCAGGCAUGCAGCACUACACAGCGGCGUAUCCUGCUGCCUACGGAUUGGUUGGGCAGCCGUUUCCCCAGCAGCCGACACUGGUUGCUCAGCAACACCAGCAGCCCCAGCAACAGCAGCAAAGAGAAGGUCCAGAAGGGUGUAACAUCUUCAUCUACCACCUGCCACAGGAGUUCAGUGACUCUGAGAUGCUGCAGAUGUUCCUGCCCUUUGGCAAUGUCAUAUCGGCUAAAGUGUUCGUGGACCGAGCUACCAACCAGAGCAAAUGUUUUGGAUUUGUGAGUUUUGACAACCCUGCCAGCGCUCAGGCUGCUAUCCAGGCGAUGAAUGGCUUUCAGAUUGGCAUGAAAAGACUCAAAGUGCAGCUCAAAAGGCCCAAAGAUGCCAACCGCCCAUACUGAGUGACAGCGGAGAGAAGAACGAACAAAUACGGAGAGAUCCUCCCGUCCAAUCAUAUUUCACGAGGACCCCAUCGCUAUGGCAAUGGUUGCCUAGUGACCGAUAAAGCCCUGAUCCCCCCUUCCUCUCGCAUUGUUGCGACCUCUCAGAGUCCAACUGAAGGUGAAGUCCCAGGGUUCAUUGUGCUUUCAGACUGUCUUCUACCUGUGAGCGUCUGCAGAGAGCUGCCACACAAACACACACUGACGUACACAGAGAUACCCUUAAUUGUGAACCUCAAAGCUGAAAUGUAUAUAAAAUGCACAAGACAAACACAUGCCUGCUGACACUCACUCACACAGUUAACACAAAUUAGGUAUCCGUACAGCCAGAAGCUUGGUUUGACCAGUCUGUAUGGAAAAGGGUAUUUAGUACAACUAAGAGAACUCAGACCACAUGAGUAGGAAAGGCACUGAUAAAAAAAAAACAAUGAUAUAUCACUUCAAUAGACUUUAACAUGUCUAUUCCAUGUCUAUUACGUGAUAAAUAUAGAGGGAUUGUUGUUUCAUAAUAAAAAAGAAAGAAAAUACAAAAAAAGACGGCUAAAUGAGUAGGUUAGAAAGACUUUGGAAAGGAUCCUUAUGAGCUGUAUAUAGUUUAGUUUACAAAGAGCAGCAUUUAAAAAAAACAAGAAAACAUGCAAAAAAGAAUAAUACUUUAGAUAAAACACUGAACAGAACACUACAACAUAACUAUUAUUAUCAUUAUUAUUCUUAUUAAUACAACUAGUAACAUCAUCAUUCUUCAUGAGAAAGCUAUUACAUUCCAAAUUGUAAAAUGGGGAAAUCACAAACCUAUUUUAAAUUUCUACUUAGAUUUUAGGUGAAACACAGGGGAGGGUGCGGGGUUGCACUUUUAUUCGGGAGGUUUUAAUAAUUGAGCUAUUUUUUAUUUAUUUAUUUACUAAUUUAACAAUUAUUUUGUUUAUCGGGAGAAAAUGUUUGAGUGGCAAUGCAAUAUUUUGGUUUUAGGAUUUUCUAGAGAAAUACUUUUGAGAGCCUGUUUCUGUCAGACUCUUACAAUCGAGUAAUUAUAAUGUAUCUAUUAACUAUUACAGCAAUUAUAUUUAUUUCUUAUUUAUUGAAUCCUGUUUUUUGAUCCACUCUUUUUAAGUUUAAAUAAAAGGUAUCAUACUAAA